UAACACACAUUUUGCCGCGUUCGGGGUUUCGCUAAUCGCAUUUUUCCAUCAUGAUUCAUAACUUUUCAAACCCCGAUUAACGUAGCGAAAUUCGCAAAUGGCAAAUAAAAUUAGAUGUGACGUAUUUGUUUCGUAAUUGCGGCAUUUUUGGCGUAAAGAGAAACGGUGUGUCCUUAGCUGCACGAACGUGAAAGUAUUGUCAUUCAAGAUAAAUCAUUAAAGUACUUUCUAAUUAGGUUUUUAGUUCUAGAAAACGAAAAUGUGGUGUGCCAGAAGUAUAUCGGCCCUUAUGGGUUCCAACGGACAAAAGUUUACCUGGUUAAUAUCGAAAGGAAGCAAUCGGGCGCUUUCAGUUACGAGUGUUCAACGCAACGUGCCUGUGUCCGCCGAACCAUUUUUAAAUGGAACUUCGGGAGCUUACGUGGAAGAUAUGUACAAUGCUUGGCUUAAAGACCCUAGUAGUGUGCAUGCUUCCUGGGACUCAUUUUUCCGGAACUCAGCACAAGGAGGCGUAGGAUAUCAAGCACCUCCCACACUAGCAGCUCCACGUAGAAAUGAGGAGUAUUUUGCAGGAGGUCCCACGAUGUCGAGCGUCGCCGGGACCGGUGGCGGGAUAGUUGACGAAAAAAUAAUAGACGAUCAUUUAGCCGUGCAAGCAAUCAUUCGAAGUUAUCAGAUUCGAGGGCACCAUAUCGCGAAGCUGGAUCCACUAGGAAUUAAUAGCGCCGAUCUAGACGACCGACAUCCAACAGAACUUCUUCUCGCAAGUCAUUUUGAUCACCCAAGCAGAACUUACUCCGAACAACUAAGGCAACAGGUUCAGGAAUUUGCACAAACCGAACGCGAUAUGGAAAGACAUUUUAAACUACCUUCCACUACUUACAUUGGUGGAAAAGCGAAGACGUUACCGCUUCGCGAAAUACUCCGAAGACUUGAAUACGCUUACUGCCGCCACAUUGGGGUGGAGUUUAUGUUUUUAAAUAGUUUAGAACAAACGAAUUGGAUUAGGAAACGCAUGGAGACUCCCGGUUGUUUAGACAUGAGCACAGACUCGAAACGACUAAUCCUGGCGAGAUUGACGCGUGCGCACGGCUUUGAAGCGUUCUUGGCAAAGAAAUGGUCUUCAGAGAAGCGAUUUGGUCUUGAGGGUUGCGAAAUUUUAAUUCCCGCAAUGAAGCAAGUCAUCGAUCGAAGCACGGAGUUAGGCGUGGAAAGCAUAGUCAUGGGCAUGCCGCAUCGCGGUCGCCUUAACGUACUCGCGAACGUCUGUCGAAAGCCUCUUAGUUCCAUAUUUACUCAAUUCGCCGGUUUAGAGGCUGAGGAUGACGGCUCGGGCGAUGUGAAAUAUCAUCUUGGUACUUACAUUGAAAGACUGAAUCGUGUUACAAAUAAAAACGUUCGGCUUGCUAUUGCAGCCAAUCCAUCUCAUUUAGAGUGUGUCGAUCCUGUUGUACAAGGGAAGACGCGUGCUGAACAAUUCUAUCGCGGCGAUAGUGAGGGCAAAAAGGUUAUGUCUAUGCUAUUGCACGGCGAUGCUGCAUUUGCCGGUCAAGGAGUCGUAUACGAAACAAUGCACUUGUCAGACUUGCCCGCUUACACAACACAUGGUACUGUUCACAUAGUCGUUAAUAAUCAAAUUGGCUUUACAACCGAUCCUAGAUUUUCAAGAUCAUCGCCGUAUUGUACAGACGUUGCCAAAGUGGUGAAUGCGCCGAUUUUCCACGUGAAUUCUGAUGAUCCCGAAAGUGUUAUGCAUGUGUGCAACGUUGCCGCCGAUUGGCGCGCUACUUUCCAUAAGGAUGUCGUAAUCGAUAUCGUCUGCUAUAGACGUAACGGCCAUAACGAAAUGGACGAACCGAUGUUCACUCAACCGCUGAUGUAUACGAAAAUUAGAAGCAUGAAAUCGUGUCUGCAGAAGUACAGCGAGCAAUUAAUCGCGGAGGGCGUCGUUACUCCCGAAGAGGUGAAAGAUGUGCGCGAUAAAUACGAGAAAAUCUGCGAGGACGCGUUCGAGCAGGCCCGUAAAGAGACGCAUAUCAAGUACAAAGAUUGGAUCGAUAGUCCGUGGUCGGGAUUCUUCGAGGGAAAAGACCCGCUAAAGGUCUCGCUUACUGGUGUGAAUGAAGAAACAUUGAAGCACAUUGGUGCUCGAUUUUCGUCGCCCCCGCCGAAUGCGGCCGAAUUUGUUAUCCACAAAGGUAUAGAGCGUAUUCUCAAAGCGCGAAUGGACAUGGUAAACGCAAGGACUGUGGAUUGGGCAUUAGGAGAAGCCAUGGCUUUCGGUUCAUUACUCAAAGAGGGAAUUCACGUGCGUCUUUCAGGACAGGACGUCGAACGAGGAACGUUCUCUCACCGCCAUCACGUUUUACACCAUCAGACUGUUGAUAAAGCUACUUACAAUGCACUAUCCAAUCUGUAUCCAGACCAAGCGCCUUAUUCUGUGUGCAAUAGCUCUUUGUCUGAAUUUGGAGUGCUGGGAUUCGAGUUAGGUUACUCAAUGACGAACCCCAACGCUCUAGUAUUAUGGGAAGCCCAAUUCGGCGACUUCAACAACACAGCCCAAUGUAUAAUUGAUCAGUUUAUAUGUUCAGGACAAGCCAAGUGGGUACGACAGACUGGACUUAUAAUGCUCUUACCACAUGCUUUAGAAGGAAUGGGCCCAGAACAUUCAAGCGCCCGUUUAGAGCGCUUCUUACAGCUCAGCUCCGACGAUCCCGAUUAUUUCCCACCCGAAAGCGAAGAAUUUGCAGUGAGACAACUUCACGACAUCAAUUGGAUCGUGGCAAAUUGUUCGAAUCCUGCCAACUACUUUCACAUUCUUCGAAGACAGAUAGCGCUACCCUUCCGCAAACCCUUGGUGCUUAUGACCCCUAAAAGUUUACUGCGCCAUCCAGAAGCCAAGAGCAGUUUUGAUGACAUGAAAACGGGUACCCAAUUCUUACGGAUUAUUCCGGAUUCCGGACCCGCUUCCAAAAACCCCGAGGGUGUGAAGAAAAUUGUAUUUUGCAGCGGAAAGGUUUAUUACGAUCUUAAAAAGAUCAGAACUGAGAAGAAGCUCGAGUCCGAAAUUGUUCUGACCACCAUGGAACAGAUUUGUCCAUUCCCGUUCGAUUUGGUGAAGAAAGAGUGCGCCAAGUAUCCGAAAGCUGAAAUCUGUUGGGCACAGGAAGAACACAAGAACUCGGGCGCCUGGUCUUAUGUGUGCCCGAGGUUUGAUACUGCUCUCGGUGGUACCCGUGAUGUUUUUACCGAGAAGAAAAGCGGUGGUUGGUUGAGCCGCCUCUUUGGUAAAUCCGAACCAAAACUCGAACAACCACCAAUACAGGUUGAACCUAGAGUUGUAAGUUAUGCCGGUCGACCCGUAAGCGCGAGUACCGCCACAGGUAGUCGGGCUCAGCAUCUUAAGGAGUUAAGCAGCCUGUUAGAAGAUGCGAUGCGACUACAGUAAAUCAAUUUUAUCACAUCAACAUAAAUCAAAUUAUGCACAUUUUUCGGUAUUUAUUUUUAGAUUUAUUGAAACCACAAAAUGUUUGAGUAAAAGAAUGCUUAAGAGUAAAAUGCACUGAUUAGACUUAAUAAUAUUGUAAUUAUGUACAUUAUGUAUAAAAAAUCGAUAUAUUGCGAAUGACCGCAAUCUUAAUCAUCAUGUAGCAGAAAAGUAGCAAUGCAAUUAAGACUUAAUUCAUUUUUUGUUGUAUUUAUAUGUAGCAGGUCAUUCGUUGGAGUAGGUAUUACAAGAUGUUGCAAACUGAAUUCAUGGGUUGUUGGUGCAUAAUACUCAAGUAAUUAAUGUUCGAGGAAGUAUUUUAUUAAACAAUAAUGUUAUUUAUUUAUUACAAAACUUGUUAUGAGUGACAUAAAUUGUU